AAGAUUCAAGACCAAAACUUCAAAAACCGGGUCAAGUCGGGUCAGGUUGCGUUAUGUUGUCGGAAAUGAUGGAGGAAGGUCCACCGGCGCCGAAGGUUCUCCGAAUGAUCUACUUCGUCGGCGCCGGAUUUUUAUGUACUUUCGCGAUCAACAAGUGGCGUGAGAUGGAGAAGAAUUCGAUCCUGAAACAGCAGGAGACGAACCAACAAGGAGAUGGAGGUUUACUGAGUCAAACGCCUGCAGAUUCGGUUCAGAAAGCAAUGAAA